UCUCAAUACAAAGUAUUAUUCAAUGCAACUAUCCGUGCAUAUAACCGCAAAGAACCGUAGUAAUAGCAAUUAGAAAUAGAAACACAUCAAUGACAGAUAUACACUUUAAUCUUGAUUAUCCGCACCCCUAUAUACUUAAACUAUGUAAAUAAUUUAGUAGGGUAUCGUAGAUAAUAUAUUAGAAUUGAAUAAAGUUUUAUUCCGGCACGUCGAAACUGAGCCAAACCACAAAAAGACAGAAAAAUACUGAAAUGAAAGAAGGAAGGGGGAGGGGAAGGGCGAAAGGGCCGGGAGAGCGGGGGCGGAGGCAGACAAACGUUCAGAAAUGUAUGGAAAUUCAAAUUAGGAAAAUAAAUCUAUAUAAAAUUCUUCCAAUGGGUAUUUCAGUACAAACCUGACGUAAAUUGCUAUGUUUUUAUGACAAUAAUAUUCAACAUAAUGGAAAAAUAUUAAAUCAAAAGGAAACCGGUAUUAUUUCUCUGGCAAAAACCAUGCAAAAACAGAUAACAUGGCAUGGUGUCAAAAGUUUAUGUUUUAAACAUUACUGAACUGAGAUUAACCCACCUGGGUUUGACAGUGGCAUGACACUUACAGUGACAGAACUGUCAGAUGUUGUCUCGUCUCGUCUUGUGUUUGUAUCAUGCAUUAUUCAAUAUAAAAGUGGGAAGUGGAAACAUCGUGUUCGCUAUGGAUGAAAAGGAUAUAAAAGACUUUGCAAAGCUUGGUGUGAAACCGUGGCUCAUCAAACAACUCUUUAGUCUUGGUGUUAAGGCACCUACGCCUAUUCAGAAAGGCUGUAUACCUCAAAUACUCUCUGGAGAGGACUGUAUCGGAGCAGCUAAGACAGGAUCAGGCAAGACAUUUGCCUUUGCUCUCCCAAUAUUGCAAAGCCUGGCCGAAGAUCCAUAUGGAAUAUAUGCUCUGGUGCUCACUCCCACCCAUGAGUUGGCAUAUCAGAUAGGAGAUCAGUUCAGUAUCCUAGGACAGCCUCUUCAGUUAAGAGUGUGUAUAGUGACAGGGGGUUCUGAUCAAUUGGAAGAGUCACUGAAGUUAGCUAAACGACCACAUAUUGUAGUUGCAAUGCCUGGAAGAUUGGCUGAUCAUAUAACAGGCUGCGACACUUUCUCACUUAAAAAGAUAAGAUAUUUGGUACUUGAUGAGGCAGACAGAUUGUUCUGUGAAUCGUUCCAAGAAGAUUUGGAAACAAUAUUCAAUGCACUGCCCCAGAAGAGGCAGAAUUUGCUAUUUUCUGCCACUAUUACAGAAGAUGUGAGAGAAUCCAAGUUGCUACCACUAAACAAAGAGAAACUGACAGUGUGGACAGAGUCAGACCCGCAGCUCACAGUGUCGACACUGGACCAGCGCUAUGUGGUAUGUCCGGCGUACGCGCGUGACGUGUACCUCGUGCAGACUCUGCGCAAGUACCGCGAGACUAAGCCCAGUUCGCACAUCAUCGUCUUCACUGAUACUAAGAAAGAAUGCCAAGUGCUUUCCAUGAUGCUGAACGCAAUCAGCAUGGACAACGUUUGCCUCCAUGGCUUCAUGAGGCAGAGGGAGAGAGUGGCUGCCUUAACUCAGUUCAGAAGCAACCUCAAGUGCACUCUAGUAGCCACCAAUGUAGCUGCAAGAGGACUUGAUAUUCCAACUGUUGAUCUGGUAGUCAAUCACAAACUACCCCUGGAGCCCAAGGAGUAUGUUCAUAGAGUGGGUCGUACAGCUCGCGCCGGAAGAUCCGGUAUGGCUAUUUCAUUGAUCACUCCUCACGACAUCCUGCGCUUGGGGAAGAUCGAAGACCAAAUCAAGACCAAACUCACAGAGUACAAAAUUGAUGACGAUGAAGCGGUAAAAGUGUUUACUACUGUAAGCGUCACCCGUCGUGAGCAAGAGGCCAAACUAGACAACGAAGAGUUUGAGCAGCGCAAGCGCAACUAUCGGCUCAAACGGUGGAUACAAGCCGGCGUCGAUCCGGACCUUAUGCAAGAGGGCUUGGAGGAGAUGCGCAAGAGUAGAAUAAAAGCUGCGAAGAAAGCAAAACUGGCCAAAAUGAAAGAGAUACAAUCGCAAAUCGCGGAUAAAGUGAAACCACUGAAAGCAGAAGAACAAAUAAGAAGAAAAAGAAAAAAAAUGAUGUGAAAUAAAGAUAAAAAACCUAA